AAGAAAACGAAAUCUGUAUUGUUAUAUUGUUAAAAUUGUAAUUAUUACUUAAGCUGCUACCAAACUGAAGUGUUUACAUUAAAUUGCAUUGAAAUGUACAAAAUAUAAAUACAUAUAAUAAACAGAAACUGUCGAUGCGUUUAGUGUUAAUUAAAUUAAGCCUUCAAAGAGUAUCAUUGUUUCUCAUACAUUGAAACUACUUUUUUUCUAUACAGAUAUAUUGCUGAAUUAGCUGAAAAUGGUGAACUAUAUAUACCCGUCCCUAGCUUUAACAUGAUCAGUGGUGGUAGACACGCUAACAAUACACUACCGUGUCAAGAAUUUAUGAUUCUACCCAUAGGAGCCGAAAGCUUCGCGGAUGCUAUGAAAAUGGGUACAGAAGUAUACAGGGUGCUUGAACAGAAAAUUGCGACCGCGCAGGAGAUUCAAUUACCACUACCAGUCAGUGACGAAGGCGCGUUUACGCCUUUGGAAUUAGAAGAGGAUAAGGAAGCUCUGUUACUAUUAGAUGAAUCCAUCAAAGAAGCUGGAUACGAAGGGAGAAUUAAAAUAGCAAUGGACAUGUCAGCCAGUACCUUUUACAAAGAGGGUUAAGAUAAAUUAUUAUCUACAGUAAAGAGCAAAAGUGAACCAACACAUUUAGAGCUAAUAGCUUUCAUAAAAUCGAACGGAACGAUCAUUUCAACUAAUUAGGUGGAGUAGUUUACUACACGAUGUGUGAAGAAACUUUUGAUGAAAUUUUCAACAAAUUUUAUACAUAUAAAGAUUUAAAAUGUGUUGUUCAAAUUUUC